AUGGCCAUGUCAGAUCUGGUGUAUCCGAUUUCCAUGCUUCCUCGUGAUAUAGCUUCAUUAUUCAUCAGCGACUCCUGGUUGGUCAGCGGUCCUCUCGGGCAGGCAUUGUGUAAGCUGGUCUCCUUCUCAAUAGAAGUCUCCACUGUUGUUUCAUCUCAGAGUCUGGUUCUUAUCGCAGUCGAUCGAUUUGGAACUGUAGUUUUUCCCCUCCGUUCCCCACUGAUCAGUUUAAACAAGUGCCGUUUCUUCAUUCUCGCCACUUGGAUCAUUGCCAUGGUUGUUAGGUGCCCGAUUCUGUUCUUCUUUGAGGUUUUAGAGUAUCCAGACGGGCUGGAAUGUACGCCGCUGUGGUCUCCGUACCUCAAACACUAUACUGUGGCAAUGAUCGCCGUCGUCUUUUAUGUCCCAUUAAUAUUGAUCACCAUACUUUACCUUACCAUCGCUUUAACAAUCAAAUCUCAGAAAACUGCGGGCGAACAAUCAGUCAGCAGGAGAGAACAACGUUUAAAGAGAGCGAAAAUCGUUGGGAAGACCUCUAUUGCUAUUGUGUCAGCAUUUACAAUGGGCUGGCUGCCACUCAGUAUCUGGUGGUUGGUGUACUUCUAUUCAUCAGACAAAACAUUGAUAUGGUCUUGUGGAUUUCAUUAUUUCACGCAGAUUGUCCGAUUUUUUAUGUACUCAUACUGUGCUAUAAACCCCUGUAUCUGUUUUAUAUGCAUUGAACAUUACCGCCAGGGUCUUAAAAAUCUCCUCAGUUGUUUCUCUACGGCGCCCAGGGCGCCAUAAUCAAGUUGCACCGCCGUAGCUUAAGCUCCGCACUAUAAAAUCUAGGUGAUGUCUUGAUGUCUACGGAGGAGAAGUUACUUUUCUUUGCAUGGAGUUUGAUUUUCACACAGCCAGUUGAAAAAUGUGUCAACAUCGUAGCACCUUUAGAAACUAACAGUACUAUAGUCGAACUUGUAUUCAGCGGUCACAAUACAAGUUGACCGCUUAAUUCAAGUUCAGUUGUACUUCUUCGGAGAGUCAGUAAACGGCGUACUUUCAACAGGGAAGUUUGGUGUUAUAAAUAAAUUAACAAGUUAGUGAAAUUAACUCCACGAAAAGAUGCACAAGCCUUAAAGCAAGAAGCGUAUUUCUCUCUUAAUGGAUUUCAAUAUAAACUAACUAAUUAAAGCUUAAUUUCGUUGCUUUGUCUGUUCAGUUCUUAUAUUAAAAGUUUGGGCUCAGAGCCAAAGAUUGGUUAAAAAAACUGAGGGAAAUUAACGUUUGCCUAAAACAACUUCAGCGAUAAGGUUCAUUGAAACCGAUAUUUAUUCUUUUUUACUCUUUCGUCAUUUUGUUCUUCUUUGAUAGUCAUAUUACUUGUACUUUGGUUUUACUGCGGGGACUGAAUUUUGUUGCUCAGCGAUGUUUACAUUUUGAAUAGAUGGCCUCGCCGAAGCACAGAAGGUUAAUGAGCGUAUGCGGUCGUUUAAGUCGGUUUAAGCAACGGAAAUAUGAUCUUUGCUCGAAUACAGAAACAAGGUUAAAGGAAAAAUUUACAUCGUAAGCCAUAUGAAUUCUGUCAUGUAAAUUUGUUAAAUUAUUACAAGUUCUCCUGGUGACUUAUGAAACCAUACCUUUUUUCUCGCAUAUAGGAAAUCGGCUUUGUCCCGGCUGUUUCCUUCCCUUUUAUUACAACUUCGUGACGGUUUUCUUUAAAACUCCAACCAUUCUACUGAGCAACAAGACUAAUGAGUAAGCUCAGGCUGGAUUAAACUUUCAAUGGCAACAUAAUUGAAAAUAAAUUCUGAAUUGAAAAGAGCAUUGUAGAUCUUUUCGCUACCAGCUGUCAACCGUUAUUCUAUAUCAGUAAACAUCUGCGGCUGGGCUAUUUCUGGAGCCAUUGGAACAAUAUUGAUAAUUUUAAAAACUCAUAUAAGAUGGGCUCCUGCUCAUAAACUUGAGAAAUUGUCCCUUUUGCCGACAAUAUUUGAAAAAGCAUAUCAAUUGCCUAAUUUCGGACAACGGCUGAUUCCAGUUAUACUUUUCUUAUUUAGAGGUCUCAGGUGAAGACUGUCAAUUUUCUAAAAUUUAUUUUCCUAGGUAUGUUCAUUAGUUAAACAUGUGAAAGUUUGAUUGAUCUAUUCAAGAUGGAUAGGUUGUGUUUUGAUCCAGCAUAGUUUAAGUACCCACCGCAGGGCUUUUGGCGGAAGAAAAACCUGAUCUCUUGGUAUCGAAAAAAUGUGGCCAAACGUGACCGAAAUGAUGAAUGGAACACAGUCCAUGUCGAGCUGCUUCAACUCACAGCAAAAAGAAUUGGUGAAACGUUAGCCUGCUGUCUGCUGUUUAUUGUGUCGCUGGCUGCGAAUACCUUCAUCAGAAUAAUUGUCUAUAGGACGAAAACUCUGAGAACACCAAUCAACAUUUUGGUUGUAAACAUGGCAAUCUCCGAUCUGUUGUUUCCGAUUUUCCACUUUCCUAAAAUUUCUGUAAAGAUAAACACAGCUGGCCAUUGGCUGGUCAGCGGUCCCCUUGGCCAAGCGAUGAGUAAACUGAGUUCCUUUGCUACAGAUGUCUCAACUCUAGUGUCAGUUCGGAGCUUGUUGUUGAUCGCAGUGGAUCGAUUUGGGACUGUAGUAUUCCCUCUCCGUUUCCGUGGAUCAUCACCAUGGCUACAUUCAUCCCGUAUCUGCUCGCGUUCAAACUGGUCGAAUAUCAUCAUGAGUACAAGUGUGUGCAGCAAUGGAUGCGUGUUUUAGACGAUUCCUCGUUGAUGACAAAAUACUUUAUUGCACUUUUUAUUGCAUUUUUUUAUAUUCCCUUCGUUCUGAUGUUUAUUCUAUAUCUUGCGAUUUUUUUGUAACUGAAGUCCCAGAGAGGACAAGGCGAACACUCAAUGAACGCUCAAAUUCAGCGCUGAAGUUUUCCAUUGCUAUUGUGUUAG